AUGACCAAGCGCUCCCUGACUCCUUCGAAGCUGCCCGUGACGAUCCUGAUGGGCUUCCUCGGAAGCGGCAAAACGACUCUGCUGAACCACUUGCUCACGGAAAACCACGGCAAGAAGUUCGCGAUCAUCGAGAACGAAUUCGGCGAAGUGGGCGUGGACGACCAGCUCAUCCGCCAGGUCGCCAGCCCGGAGGACAUCGGCGGAGGCGACUCCAGGAGCCGCAAGUUUAACAUGGGCGAGGAGGUGCUGACCAUGAACAACGGCUGCAUCUGCUGCUCCGUGCGGGGCGACCUCGUCCGGCUCAUCGCGCAGAUCCUCAAGCGCAACGGGGAUCGGAACCAGCUCGACGGUAUCAUCAUCGAAACCACCGGCAUGGCCGACCCUGGUCCCGUUGUUCAGACGUUCUUCGCCGAGCCCUUGGUGGCGGCUACGUGCGAACUGGACGGGAUCAUCACUGUUGUUGACGCCAAGCACAUUCUGCAGCACUUGCGCCCGGGAGCCGGCGUCGAGCACGAGUGCCAAGAGCAAAUCGCGUUCGCCGACCGAGUCCUGCUUAAUAAGACUGACCUGGUAAGCUCCGCUGAGCUCCAGGAAGUCCACACCCGCAUCCGCGACAUCAACAGCGCCGUGUCGAUCACUGAGUGCCAGCACUGCCGCGUAGACCCCGCACUGCUGCUCAAUGUCCAGACAUUCGACCUCGACUCCAUUCUCAAGCGGCAACCGGAUUUCCUCAAGACCGAGAAGGACAGCCACUCCCACGAACACGAGCACCACCACCAGGAUGACAAGAAGGGGGGUCAUGAUCACGAAGCCAAGCACGAAGGCGAGCACCGCCACGGCGGAGGACACCGACACAAACACUCGCUGGUAUCGUCGGUGGGGCUCAGUCUCUCGGAUCCGAUCCUGGUGGCGCUGCUGGAAGAGUGGAUCGACGACCUGCUCGAGACUGAGGGUGACGACCUGCUGCGCUACAAGGGCGUGGUGAACGUGGCCGGUAUCGACCGCAAGUACGUCUUCCAGGGCGUGCACAAGCUCUUCAAUGGCCGGUUCGCCGACAAUUGGGCCCCGGGCGAGACUCGCGAGACGCGGUUCGUCUUCAUCGGCAAGAACCUCGACCGCGAGGCGCUCACGGAAGGGUUCCUGGCCUGUCGAGCCGCCAAGGACCUGCGCUUCCGUGUUGGGGACCGGGUCAUGGCGAACACCGGCGACGAGGGCUUCCAGGCGGGCACCAUCGUGCAGCUCUGGGAUCAGGGAAACCCCUACGCCAUCCAGCUCGACACCGGCAGGAAAAUGUGGGCCCCGGUGGACGAAGUCGGGCUUGUCCGAGCGUUGGAGGUGAAGCAGGAGGCAAGUCCGAGGCAGCCCCUAACGAUGGUGCACAUCCUCGCGUGA